AUGACAGACGGAUUAAACGACCAGAGAACUGCCCGAGUGGCAGAUCUCCUAUGUGACUUCCGUACACUCCAGUACUAUAUCGUCUCAGGACCGGAAAGCCCUCCCAACCAGGAAGACUAUUACGCAGAAGGCUGGGCCGCGCUACGGCAAUGCUCCCUUGAUGGGCAGCAUAUUCUGAACUGCGCUGCGGAAACUCGAGUCCCCAGGGUUAGUGGCGGGCCAUUGGAGCAGGCAAAGGCGGAGUUACAGCAAGUUAUGCUCGACGCCUUUGCCCGCCGUCAUGAGGGGCAAAAAAUCUACCUCCGCCAGGCUGCGGCUCAACGGUGGGUUUCAUGGCGAGACCAGAUCCUGCAGGGCGGAAGACCUCACAGUGGAAAUACGUCGCAACUGGCCAGCUGCGAUGUGCAAUUGCGGGUUGAGCUAGCAGACAUCACUGAUGACACUGUUUAUACCGAUUUGCGGUCUUCGGACUAUGAGAUGGGGCGCUGGACGCUCGAAGAUCCCCCUCUAAGACAUGUUCAGAGAUGGCUUAGGGCCAGACGUUGA